AGAUUUAUACUGAUAUUAUGUAUCGUUAGAUACUACAUACUGUACUUUAUAUAGUCUAUACAUAUUUUCUAUAUUUAUAUUUCUGCCUUGAGAAAACCAAUGAGGUAAGAUGCGUAUUAACGAUUUUCCAUUAGAAUUUAACGAGCUAAGAUUGGCCCUUUUCUAUUAUCCAACAUAUAGGGUAGUUUAUAUAUUCUAAGAGAUUAAACUAAUCCCCUUGGAAAUUUCUUUCGGAAAUUUGCUCUGUUAAAGGGAGUCAAAAACAGCUGAAUCGGUAUUUUUGAAAAAUCUUUAUAUCUUUCCUUAUGACAGUUUCAUAGAGGUAAGUUCAGUAAAAGUUUAUCAGUUUCAUUGUUAACUUUUUAUAAUUAUAUGAUAACGAUAUAACUUUAAUAUAUUCCCAAUUGCAUAUAUAAUUGUAAUAUGACAUAUAAGUAUUGUAUUAUUAGACUUGGAUAUUCUUCUUUUGCAAUGUUUUGAUUCAUUUUUUCCUCUACCUUUACCUUUACAUUUAUGCAAAAGCAGACUUUGUUCUAAUCAAUUUAUAAAGUUAUCUGUCGUUGAAAGUUCAUGCUUUAAUUCGAUCACUAGCACGUUUCUUUUUAAAGUAUUGAAGGCGCUGAAGGACAUUUGCAAGAUAUAACUUUUAUAAGAAAUAGUAGAAAGUUUGUGAAAUACUCCGUCAAGUGUUUUCUGCUUUGAAAAUUAUAACUGUUCACAAAAGGAAUUGAUAUAAUAGAAAGAUAUAGAAAUUUUGAACUAAAGCAAUCUUAUCUGCAAAUCGAUUUUCUAAUUCUUUAUUUUUUUUCGAGUGAUAACAUGAACGGAGACGAAAGCUGUCCCCAUCCUGGUUCUAUAGAUCGAAAUAAUGAAAAGGAUACAUUCAUAGAACAUGAAAAAGCCGAAGUUGAUUUUGUUUCUAGAGAAGAUCUAAGGGCAAAUAAUAAAACAGAUGAUUUUGAACAAGCUCCGGAUGGUGGAGCCAGAGCUUGGUUGGUAUGUCUUGCCUCUUUUUGGACGAAUGGAGCUAUUUUCUCCGUUUUGAACACGUUCUCUGUUUUAUAUGUUCAAAUAAUGAAAGACUUUAAAGAAGACAAUGACAGUGAUUUAGCUUUUAGAGCAACUUGGGUUGGGUCGCUUCAAAUAUCAAUGACUUUCUUUAUGGCUCCAAUAGCGUCAAUAUUGGUGGAUAGAUUCGGUAUUCGUCCAAUUUCGUUUAUUGGAGCUAUUCUAGCAACAUCUGGAAUGCUACUAUCAUCGUUUAUGACAAAACUGGGAUUAUUGUAUCUAACGUAUGGGCUCAUGACGGGUAUAGGAUCAUCACUUGUAUAUACAUCAUCCCUAGUUAUCCUUGGACAUUAUUUUAAGAAAUAUUUGGGAGUGGUCAACGGCAUAGUUGCGUGUGGUUCAGCAAUUUUUACCAUCAUCCUUCCAUUUAUCGUUAGUCCAUUGUUGAAAAAUAUCGGUCUGAAAGGAACACUAAGGGUUUUAACUGUUCAAUUUGGUAUAUUAGUGUUUUGUUCAGUUAUUUGGAAACCGCGAUUUCAGCAAAAGCAUACAGAACUUGACACUUAUCUGCACAGUUCAUCGACAAGUGUCAGAGAAAGAGUUGGAGGUUGUUUGAAGUUUGUUAGAAAAUUUCUAAAUAUAGAUAUUUGGAAAUGUAAAGGUUAUUUGGUUUGGGCUUUGAGUAUUCCAGUAGCUUUCGUUGGCUAUUUUAUACCAUUAGUCCAUUUGGUGAAGCACACAUCAGACGUUUUUCCAGAUAAUAAUGGUUCCCUACUGGUUACUUGCUUGGGUAUAACAUCUGGUGUUGGACGUUUACUUUUCGGUAAAUUGGCUGACAUGAACGGCGUAAACAGAGUUCGUAUGCAGCAAAUUUCUUUCUUUGUCUUUGGCAUAGUAACCAUAGCUAUACCAUUUGCCAGAGUCUUUUGGCAAUUGAUAAUUAUCAGUCUAAUCAUGGGAUUGUGUGAUGGUUGUUUUGUAUGUCUUAUAGGACCAAUCGCUUUUGAUUUAUUAGGACCGUCUGGAGCAGCACAAGGUGUUGGCUUUGUUCUUGGCUUAAUGUCUUUACCUUUGACAGCAGGAGCUCCGUUGGGAGGCUUUUUGUAUGAUUAUUUAAAAUCAUAUGAUGUAGCCUUUUGGUCGGCCGGUAUACCACCACUUUUGGGUGCACUUCUCCUAUUCUUGAUGCCUAAAUACGAGAGCCAAACAAGCAAAACGCUCGCCGAGUCGAUAGUAGCUAUGUCAGUGCACGAUUUAAGCAAGCCGGGAUAA